GCGCCGUCCGGGGGCCGCAGGUGCUGCCCGGUGCUGGCUGUGCGGGGCCGGAGCCGCUGCAGGAGCGGCAGCUGCCUCUGUCGCGAUAGAUGGGUCUGGCUCGCUAGGAUUCCAAGAGGAAAAUUUUCUUGACCUUGUCUGGGUAGUUCUUGAGGAUGGCAAGCAAAGGACCCACGGCUUCUGCAUCAACAAAGAGCUCCAGUACUGGAGGGACCAGUGGCAGCAGCAGCAAUGGUCCUGGGGACAACACUAAUCAGGACAACACUUUUGAAUGCAACAUCUGCUUAGACACUGCCAAGGACGCAGUUAUCAGCUUGUGUGGGCACCUCUUCUGUUGGCCUUGUUUACACCAGUGGCUAGAGACCAGGCCAAACAGACAAGUGUGUCCUGUAUGCAAAGCAGGAAUCAGUCGAGAUAAAGUUAUUCCUCUCUAUGGAAGAGGUAGCACUGGGCAACAGGACCCCAGAGAGAAAACUCCACCUCGACCCCAAGGACAGAGACCUGAACCAGAGAACAGAGGGGGAUUCCAGGGCUUUGGGUUUGGCGAUGGUGGCUUCCAGAUGUCAUUUGGAAUUGGGGCGUUUCCCUUUGGUAUAUUUGCAACAGCCUUCAACAUAAACGACGGGCGACCUCCUCCAGCUGUUCCAGGGACUCCUCAAUAUGUGGAUGAGCAGUUCCUUUCCCGCCUCUUCCUGUUUGUGGCACUGGUGAUAAUGUUCUGGCUGUUGAUUGCAUAAGUCUUUUCCAUUAUUCUAUAUAUUCAUGACCAACAAGGCCACUGAAACAGUUACAAACUGCAUCCCCAUCCCAUUUUAAAUCUCUUGGUGUCUGGUUCCAUAGCUAACUAUGGGCUUCAGGAAUUGGUGGUACCACAGCACAAUGAGGAAUCUCACAUUUUGCACCAGAGUUGGGAAUUAAAAACGUUGGUUUAAAAGUGUAUUUCAGCUCAGAUAUCUUGUACAACAGGUUCCUGCCACAAACCAUGGGCCUAGCAUUGAGCUGCACUCUGAAAGGGAGUGCUGCUUUGAAAUCCUGUGCCAAUCAGUGACACCAGGUCUGUGGGAUAGACAGUUAUCCCAGGGUAGACUGGGCAGGUAAGGAAACUUCUCCAGUAUGACCAGUAUCUCCUGCUUUGCAACCACGAUGGAUCUGCCAGAGCUGCAGAUGUUAUUUAACGUCUCCAUCAACAUCUGACCUUCAGGAAAUCAUCUGCAGCACUGCUGAGACUCUCUGGGGCACAGCACGUGAUGCAAAUGGAACCAGGUCUGGAGACUGGUUUCCUUUCUGUCUGUUAGUUCCCGGCGUGAUGAAAACCCUUCCUGAUGGUUCUGAUGGCUGUUAGAAGAAGGGAUAUAAAUUUAUGCUGCAAUUUUUUAAAGCCUGAGCAUGCUGGAGCCAGACACUGGAAGAGUCUCUGGCUGUGGAGCCAGGUGGGCUGCUGGACCCAGCCCAGUUCCUCACUGACAAGCAGUGUUGUCUUCCCCGGCUCCGUGCAGCACCCAUGGCUGCACUCAUGGAUAAUCCCCUCGCAACCUCGUCACUGUAGCGACAUUUAUCUUUCCCAAGGCUUUGAGACUUUCUACACAAGGUCAUGUACUCCAGAUAAAAUCCUAUUACAGAUCUGAGAUCAGCUUGUUUGGGGAGAGGAACAAAAGGCAUGUGUACGUGAGUUUUGAGGUAAAACUUGUCCUACUGUAAAAUUACCCAGGAGGAGACAUGAGAUCCUGCCUUGCCAGCACAUGCUCAGUAGGGAGCAUUUGGAAGACCUCUCUGCAGGUGCACACAGACCUUCUCCCGUGCCACAGUAAACAGCUACAGCACAAGAGUCUCUGCAGUAUCUACCAAAGAUUUUAAUUUGAAGUGCUGGAGGAGACCACAACCAUUAAUGUGCUGAGGGGAUAUUUCGGAAGGUGAGCACUCUGCAGCCGCUUUGGAAUCCUGUUGGGUAUUCAGCUUUAAAGAGUACUCCUGAUGUAUUUGUGUAGAUUCCUUCAAAACAGGUAUGAGAGAUUCCCUAGCAAGAUUUCUCUGACUAGGCAAUUCCAUUUUUUUUCCUCUUACUGUUUUUAGAUUUUUUUUGAUUCAGGUCGCUCAUAGUCAUAAUGAUUUCCUGCAAGAUGAAUGUUGUGACUUCCCUGGCAGUAGACAGAAAACUGACAAACAAAUGAAUUAAUAGAAACUUUGUUUCAAUAGCUUGGGAUUUUUUAGUGUGUGGAAGACUUUCCUGGGCAGGACACCGUUAAUUAAUUAUUAUAGAGGUUUAUUUAUGUAAUUAUUAAUUGUUCCCUUUUAGUGUCAAGGCAGAGGAUGACUGAAGUUUAACUUGCCUACCUCCAAAAUUCCAUCCGGCAAGUAGAAUGUUGCAAAGCUUCUGCAGUGUUUUGUCACGUCAGAUUUGUACCUGACUCAAUGAUAAUCUGACAGAAUAUAUUGCUCAGCUAUUUAUAGUUGAGGUGGUGCUUCAGCUUUUGUUGUGCGUCAGUUCUGAGAAGCUGAACUUCGGCAUAGGGUUCUUCUCAAGUGCAUAACUUGCUAACAGGGACCCUUCCCAGGAGAGAGGCUCGUUUUUUGGUUGUCCUGCAGUGUCACAGCUGUGGGUUCCUAUCCUGCACAGUCAGCACCACCUGCUGAUGGGAAGGGAAGGUUCAUGUGACAGUAAGGGAUGGAUUCAUUCUCCUUUUGUAAGGAAAAACUCGAUGCGGAGAGGUUAUGCAGGGAGGAGAAGGGUAGCCCUUUGCAACCUUCAUCCCAUAAAGAGAAUAGAGAAGUGACUGAAUAGAUUCAAGAGGUACUGAAAUAUAUUUAAGUAAUACAUUUUAAAACCCAGAAUCUUAAUGAAUCGAGGGGAUUUACAUCUAGGCGUGAGAGACAUAAUGGAUUUAGAGAAGGCUGCAGAAACAUGACUGAGAGCUCUUUUUUUCCGGCAAUUCAAGGAUGAAAUAGUCUAAAAGUGUUAACGCUUGGUUCCCCCUUUCCCUGGUGUGCUUUUGUAUGUACCCCUGCCCCGUAACCCAACCGCACACGGCCCGGACGGCUCGGUUAGUGCGUUACCGUUCCUCCUCACUAAUUUUCACUGUUGUGAAAGUGAUUUAGAAUUAAAAAAUGGUUUUACAUUGA